UUUUGGGCGGCAUUUUGAUUAUUUCAACACAUUAAAAAGAAAAAACUCGAGACUUAUUAUUCUGGUGAACCACUCUCAUCAAAGAUAUUUUGUAGCCAAAAAAGGUAAUGGAGGACACGUAGGGCCAAAUGAACAGACAGAUGGUGUGUGAUUAAGCAACUGAAUUCUCUCUCUCUCUUCCAUGUCCUAACCCUAUGUCUCCAUACAUACACAUUCUCUUCAAAACUCAUUUCUUCGUCCGGUCCCCUCUUUAAAUAGCGCUUCUCUCCCUUCAUUCAUACAUACAUUGAUCACAUCCAUGAAGAAGGAGAGGAAGAGACAAGUACAGGAGGAGGAGGAGGAGAAGGAGGUGGAGGUUGUUGUGGUGGAUGCGUUGACAGCAGCAGCAACGGUGGCUGCGGCUGCGGCGAUGGAGGAGGAGGAGCAAUUGUGGGGGAUGAGGCUUAAGGCGGGAGAUGGUGUGGUCGACGAGCUGAUGACGUGGAACACCGUUUGGUUGCCUUCAUGUUGGGACGUGGAGUUCGUUGAGAAAAACUAUGGAGUUUUGUAUAAUGAUGUUGUGUGGGACGAUGAUCUUUGGAAUUUGAACACUUCCACUCAGGAUAACAUAAGACAAAACUGAAGUUGGGGAGAUUUUUAACGUUUUUCUAUCGGUUCGGUUAAUAGGAUAUUUCGGUUUUUUUGUAUAAACCGUAUUGCAAUCAAAAUAACUUGUUUUGAUUUGGUAUGGUUUCAUUUUAAGUUUUAGCCAUUAUAGAUCAUGAUUUUUUUUCUUCGAAAAGUAUCCCUUAAGUGAGGAUUUUUUCUUCUAUAAAAAAAUCAAUUUGGCUGUGGCUUUUUUUUUGUUUUGCUUUCUUUUUCUUGGUUUAGUAUAAAUUUUGGGGGUUUCCGGUUUAAAAAUAAAACUCAAUAAACCAAACUAAGUUUGUUUAAGGUUUAUAGAUCCUUUUAUUUUCUUCUUGAUCGGUUGUAAACUCAAAAAUUCAAAAUGAACUUAUCUUUGCCGGAGAAGUUUUUUUCUUGAUGUUGAUCUGCUUUGAGUCUGUUUCGUACAUGUUGUCGCAUUUUUGUAAUAGUUUGUGUGUUUAGCCAUAGAUCAUAUCC